GCCAUCAGAAGUUAUCUGGAACCAGCCCCUGUCUGUGGUGCUAUUUCUUUCUUGUCAGUUCCCCUUUCUGCAUUUGAGUUCUAGCUUCAGCCCUGACAUUAUUUCUUUCUCUACAAGGAGUGUUAGGAGGUUAUGGGGAGCUCACAAAGGCUCCUCUUCGUUUAUUCUUAGUACCUCGCUUCUGCGUUCCUCGGGAAUGCCCCUGGGCUUAUGUAUCUGGUCUCCGGGAGCUGCAGUGGAUGGGCACUUGUGACAGCACUAUGGGACUGAGUAACACUCUCCUUGUGAUGGCCCUCCUGCUCUCUGGUGCUGCUUCCAUGAAGAGUCAAGCAUAUUUCAACGAGACUGGAGAACUGCCAUGCCAUUUUACAAACUCUCAAAACAUAAGCCUGGAUGAGUUGGUAGUAUUUUGGCAGGACCAGAAUAAGCUGGUUCUGUAUGAGCUAUUCAGAGGCAAAGAGAACCCUCAAAAUGUUCAUCCCAAGUAUAAAGGCCGCACAAGCUUUGACAAGGACAAUUGGACCCUGAAACUCCACAACAUUCAGAUCAAGGACAAGGGCUCAUAUCAAUGUUUCGUUCAUUUUAAAGGGCCCAAAGGACUAGUUCCCAUGUACCACAUGAGUUCUGACCUAUCAGUGCUUGCUAACUUCAGUCAACCUGAAAUAAUGGUAACUUCUAAUAGAACAGAAAAUUCUGGCAUCAUAAAUUUGACGUGUUCAUCUGUACAAGGUUACCCAGAACCUAAGGAAAUGUAUUUUAAGCUAAAAACCGAGAAUUCAACUACUAAGUAUGAUACUGCCAUGAAGAAAUCUCAAAAUAAUGUCACAGAACUAUACAGCGUUUCUAUCAGCUUGUCUUUUUCAGUCCCUGAAGCAAGCAAUGUGAGCAUCACCUGUGUCCUGCAACUUGAGUCAAUGGAGCUUCACUCCCUACCUUACAAUAUAGAUGCACAUACGAAACCCCCCCCUGCCCGAGACCCCAUCCUCUGGAUUGCAGCUGUACUUAUAAUGUUGGUCAUUUUGUGUGGGAUGGUGUUGGUGCCCUUUCUAACACUAAGGAAAAGGAAGAAGAAGCAGCCUGGCCCCUCUCAUGAAUGUGAAACGAACAAGGUGGAGAGAAAAGAGAGUGAACAGAACAAGAAAAGAGUACAAUACCAUGUACCUGAAAGAUCUGAUGAAGCUCAGUGUGUUAACAUUUCGGAGACAACUUCAGGCGACAAAAGUACUACACAUUUUUAAUUAAAGAGUAAAGUCCAUAUGACCAUCCGUUGUUUAUAUGCCUUCGCUUUCAAAUUUUGGCUUACAUUUUUUCUUGUCCAUUAAUAUUAUUAUUACCAUUAAUAAUAGCAGGGGCUCCAGGACUCCUUGUAAGUGAGAUGACCUCCCUAUAAUGCCAGUUCUGCUCCCUAUGCCAGGAGCAGAUUUUAACUGCUUCUUUUCAUUUUGGAGCACACUUGUAGGCCAAGCUCACCUGACUGGUUCCUGGCUCAGGACUAAUGUUUAAGACUAACACCUCCUGUUUCAGAUUCAGCCUUCUUUUCUUAAUUUUAUAAAUUGUGUUUUAUGUAGAACUCCCAGUUACUGGAAUAAUGGCUUUUAUCUAUGCUUAAUUCUAAAACAGCACCUCAUUCCAUCUUGUAUAUUUGUGACUACCUCUUCAGUCUGGGUGGGAGUUAUGUAUGUUAUGGCUUUAUAGUGUUGUUAUUAAUAUUUUGAAACAUAAAGAGAUGUGUACUAUAAUAAUGUAAUUACUAUGCCCUGAGAAAAUUUACCCACUUCUUUGUGAGGGUCAGUAGGAAAAUGGUGGCUUGGUGUGCUGACAACAAUGAGCAGACCAACUCAAAAUUUGGAAAAUUAGGUAUGAUGGAGAUAGAACCAGCUUUGAAUCCUGGAGCCACUUCUAUCUGGGCUGCUGCUAAUCUGAGGAGGAUCCACCUGCCCAACAAGCUAUUGAUAAGCCUUAGCAGAGAGCACUGUGUAAAGCAGGAAAGCACUAUGCACUGUGAACCCUACUUCUCUUCUUGAAAGAAGUGACUGAGAUGAUGGUCCAGGGCAAUUGUUCAAGAGCCAACAUGAGAGAUCACAAUACUCAAAAGAGAGAAAGAAAGAAAAAAAAGGGAAAGCUCUUGACCGACAGAGAUGCACAUGAAUGUCCUAUCUGUCCAGCCCUCUAGCAAGCAAAAGGUGAACAGGCUGUCCAAAAGAACUUCAGACAGACAGCACCUUCCCUGGUGGUUGGUGAGAAGUCUGGAUAAUACUCAAGUUACCGUGAUGCUCCAUCUGGCUGGAGGCAGAGCUGGGAGGGAGAGCUAUCAUCUUGAUAACGGGAUAAACGGAAGGAGGCUUAGGAUUCUUUCAACUCAUGGCUGAGAAAGAAGGAGCUAGAGUGAAAUUAGUAGGACCAAGAUGCAAAUCAUCCAGAGGCCAACAUAGUUGGCAGGUGUCCUAGGAAGGGAUCAGCUGGCUCAGAGCAGGGCUUGCAAAUUUGUGUCUGAUACUGUCUAUGUCAUUCUCAACGAUGGGAAAACUGGAUGCACAAGAGGACUAUGCUAGCCCAGUAGAAAUGAGUCAGGUGACCCUGGCUCUAAAGCAGCAUCACUAAUGGAUGGAGCAGCCUCAGUCCAAACCGAGAGAGAACUUUGGGAGGUCCAACACACAGAAAUAUUUCUUCUUAUUCUACAAAAAGGAACCUAGAAGAUUGUAGACAGUUGUGCUAGCCAUGCUUACCUUGUAAUAUUACCAUUCGUGUGACGUGCCCUGCCUCUGCCUUCAUUAAGCCAAGGCAUCUUGUUGGUUCCUAACAUGUUUUAUACAGUGAGCUCUUAAUAAAUUUUUCUUAAAUUGA